CUCGGAGUGAAGGUCGAGCUGUCGGGGAUUUCUUGGAGGCCUGCCUGCUUUCUCCUCUUUAUCUUUUGUACUGGAAAAGCUCUUUGGAAGAGGAGGAAGGGGAAAGCAGAGGAGUCAGGAAUGACUCUUUCUCAGGCACGGUUGACCUUCAAGGAUGUGGUCAUCGAAUUCUCUCCAGAAGAGUGGGAAUGCCUGGAUCCUGCUCAGAGGGCCUUGUACAGGGACGUGAUGGUGGAGACCUACAGGAACCUGAUCUCUGUAGAUCUCUCUCAUAUACACGUGAUCAAGAAAUUACAACUAAAAUCAAACACUGACAUAGGAGAAAUAUUCCCAACAGUGAUGUUGGGAAGCCAUGGAAGCUGUGAAAUCAAGCAUUUUUACCUACAGGAAAUACAGAAUAUGCAUGACCUUGGUUGUCAGUGGAGAGAUGAUGAAAGAAAUUACAAAUAUAUUCCUACAUCCCCUAAUGAAGAUGUCACUUAUAGAAGAGUUCGACAUGGUAGAAGGGAUUCAGGAAAGAAGCCGAUUGCAAAUAGGCUGGCAUUAAGCUUUUCGGAUGAACUGCGUAUGUUUAAAAGUAAACAGAAAAUCUAUGAAUUUCAUCAAGCUGUUAAGAGCAUCAACAAUAGUACCUCAUUUUCACCAUCUCAAGAAAUUUCUCCUACUGGCCAAUCGACAAUUUCUAAUAUACAUGGGAGUGAUUUUAUGCAUCUUUCAAUACUGUCAGAAGACCAGAAAGCACACAGGGCAAGUCCUUACAAAUGUAAUAAGUAUGGCAAAACCUCUCCUAAAGGCUCAAACCUCAGUAGAUAUCAGAGAAUCCACACAGGAGAGAAAUUGCGUAAAUGUGAUGUGUGUGACAAGGUCUUUAGUCGAAAUUCACACCUUGUAAGUCAUAAGAGGGUUCAUACUGGAGAGAAACCUUAUAAAUGUAAGGAGUGUGGCAAGAGGUUUAGUCAAAAUUCACAUCUUACAAGUCAUCAGAGAAUUCAUACUGGAGAGAUGCCUUAUAGAUGUAAUGUGUGUGGGAAGACCAUUUAUUCUGCCUCAGGCCUCAGGAGACAUAUGAUAAUCCACAGAGAAGCUAAACAAUAUAAAUGUGAUGUAUGUGGCAAAGUCUUUAAUCAGAAUGCAGUCCUUGCAGUUCAUCAGAGAAUUCAUACUGGAGAGAAACCUUACAAAUGUGGUGAAUGUGGCAGUGUCUUUAGUCAAAAAACACACCUUACAAGUCAUCUGGUAACUCAUACUGGAGAGAAACCUCACAAAUGUAAUGAGUGUGGCAAGUUUUUUCGAGAUAAGAGAACCUUUACAAGGCAUCAACAAAUUCAUACUGCAGUGAAACCUUACAGAUGUAAUGAGUGUGGGAAGUUCUUUCGUGAGAAGCCAACCCUUACCAGGCAUCAGCACGUUCACACUGGAGAAAAACCUUACAAAUGUAAUGAGUGUGGCAGAGUCUUUAGUCAAAAUUCAAACCUUGCACGUCAUCAGGGAAUUCAUAAUGGUGAGAAACCUUACAGAUGUAAUCAGUGUGGCAAGCUCUUUAAUCGAAAAGGAAACCUUGCAGUUCAUCAGAGAAUUCAUACUGGAGAGAAACCUUACAAAUGUAGUGAGUGUGGCAAAGUGUUUAGUAAAAAUUCAAACCUUGUGUGUCAUCAGAGAAUUCAUACUGGGGAGAAACCUUACAAAUGUAAUGAGUGUGGCAAAGUCUUUCGUUACAAACAACGUCUUCGAAUUCAUCACAGACUACAUAAUGGAUAGAAACCUUGCAAAUGUAUUGAGUGUGGAAAAGCCUUUACUCAGGUCUCAACCUUUGCUACACAUCAGAAAAUCCAUACUUAAGAAAAACCAUAUAAAUGUAUGUGGAAAGGUCUUCAAAAUUCAAACUUGAAAAAAAAAUGAAACUGUGAAAAUUCA